UAGUAGGUUGUGCGUGGCUUUUCUGCUCGCCCUUAUUCACAUUGACUUAAUUCUGUGGUCAGCUGAUCGUAUAUCUUCCGGAUUAAGAGAAACAGAUAUGAUAACAAAAAGCAACCUGCUUCUUAUGAGUACUGAGACCUAUUCUAUAAAUCUCUGAGCUCCUGUUGGUUGUCAGUGCAAGGCGAAGCGUCGAAUCUGUGAAAAUGAGGUUGUCAUUAGCUUCCUAUCUGUACGUGGGCAGCGUGGUCUCGGCUGUGCUCAGAGAGGGAAACCCAGUAGUCCUGCGAGUCGACGUGGAAGUGCCCGCCUUCGCCGUUGCUGGUGGACAGGCGACACUUGGGUGUUCUUUCCGUCUAACAGGGACACAAGUAUACUCCCUCAAGUGGUAUCACAACGGCACAGAGUUUUACCGCUUUGUCCCCACCGAGAGGGCGCAAGCCAUUCGCACCCAGCCCUCUGCAGGGUUUUCCGUAACGGAGGUGUUCCGUGGUGACCAGCUGGUGACUCUCUCUCUUUUCCACCUCACCUCUUCAGCCUCGGGGCGAUAUCUGUGCGAAGUGAUGGCCGAGCAUCCGAGCUUCUUAAAAGAGGCGGCAACGGGAAAAAUGACGGUGCUGCCGCCGCUGUCCCCGCCCGUGACGGCCGGGGAGAGGCAAUUUUACCACAGGAGCGAGGAAAUAGAAAUAAAGUGCCACCCACGCCACGCCUCACCUCCUGGCCACACGCCUGUCCUUCACUGGCUCAUCGACGGCCGUCUGGUUGCCACAGAUCUGUUGAGGUCGCUUCCCGCCCGCCGCCCUCAGCACGCGCCAGGCGUCGCGCUGCACCUUCCUGCCGAACGGGUGGCAGCAGCAGGAGGCCGUGUGCGGGCAGAAUGCAGAAUCAGCAUGGGUCCCCACGCGCGGCCACACAGCACCUUCAUUACCCUCACUGUCCCCGACUCGCACAAUCUGCAAUCCAGCCAAGCAUUACCCCUUGCAGGUGUAUCUGGAAACCAGUUGGACUCAUGGGUCAACGUGUACCUGCUCAGCGGAGUAUUUGUUCUUCAGAUAGUGCUGCUAUGGUAAAACGGCUGCUGAUACUCCUGUUUUACCUCUACCGCCAUCACCACUCUGAGAAAAUACAUCUUGCUUUCUGGCGACUUUGGCCAACUCAAGCUUCUCCCGUGGGCUCCUUCCCGGAACA